AUGGCUCAAGACCAAGACAUGUCUGACAGUCCCAAGCUGCCAUCGUCGGGAACAAAAACCACCAUCAGGUCUACAGAGACCCUCGCAGACAAUGCGGACAUCCCCAACAUCGAGAUGGGUAGUUUCGUUACCAGGGACUCAGGAUCCAAACAGCGCCCAAACUACGGGUCAACGGCUCAUGUUCCUACUAAGGAUGGUGGGAAAGCGCAUGCCUUAGCUAUGAUCUGGUCGUUGGUGUACGGUUCGACAAACCUUGACAUGAAUAGGGCGAUAAAAGAAUUUCUCGUGGGUAAUGACCGCUUGGUUUUCAUUCCUUGCUAG